CAGCUUUGAGGCCUGUCAUUAUCAGAUUUAUAGGUUAGGAAAUUGAGACUAAGGAGGUGAAGUCACCUGCCUCAGGGUGAGUAGUGGUGGCAAUUACAUACGUGGUGCUGCUGGAAGCAUAGCCCUAGAGGAUGUGCUAAUGGAUUUGUUUUUCCAGCAUUUCCUUGUUUUGUCUUUCAGAAUGAUGAUGCGGGUGUGCUGGUUGGUGAGACAGGACAGUAGACACCAGCGAAUCAAACUUCCACAUUCAGAAGCAAUUGUGAUUGGGCGAGGCCCAGAGACCAAGAUCACGGAUAAGAAGUGUUCUCGACAGCAAGUACAGUUGAAAGCAGAGUGUAACAAGGGAUAUGUCAAAGUGAAGCAGGUAGGGGUCAAUCCUACCAGCAUUGACUCAGUCAUAAUUGGGAAGGACCAAGAGAUGAAACUGCAGCCUGGCCAGGUUCUCCACAUGGUGAAUGAACUUUAUCCAUAUAUUAUAGAAUUUGAGGAAGAGACCAAGAGCCCUGGCCUAGAAACACAUAGGAAGAGAAAGAGGUCAAGCAGCAGUGAUUCUAUAGAAAGGGAUACUGCUCAGGUUGCUGCCUCUGGGACAGGGCCAGAGCCUAGGAGCAGUCUGAGCCAAUGCUCUGUGCCCCCAAAGAAAGAGAAAGAUGCAUCUACCAAAAAGGAAUCACUGGGCCACUGGAGUCAAGGCUUGAAGAUUUCUAUGCAGGACCCCAAAAUGCAGGUUUGCAAAGAUGAGAAGGUUGUGGUGAUUAAGGAUAAGUACCCUAAGGCCCGUUACCACUGGCUGGUAUUACCAUGGGCCUCCAUUUCCAGUCUGAAAGCUGUGACUAGAGAACAUCUUGAACUCCUCAAACAUAUGCACACUGUGGGAGAAAAGGUGAUUGCGGAUUUUGCUCCAUCCAGCAAGCUCCGCUUUCGAUUGGGCUACCAUGCCAUUCCUUGCAUGAGCCAUGUACACCUUCAUGUAAUCAGUCAAGAUUUUGAUUCUCCUUGCCUGAAAAACAAAAAACAUUGGAAUUCUUUCAAUACCGAAUACUUCCUAGAAUCACAAGCUGUGAUCAAGAUGGUACAAGAGAAUGGCAGAGUGACUGUCAGAGAAGGGACAUCUGAGCUCUUGAAGCUGCCCCUUCGUUGUCAUGAGUGCCAACAGCUGCUGCCCUCCAUGCCUCAGCUGAAAGAGCAUCUCAGGCAGCACUGGACGAAGUGAUUCUGUGGCGCCUGAACUACUGUCACAGACAUGGCCAGUUGACUGUUAACUGCUGGCAUCCAUGCGGGGCUGCUUGUGAAUGUCUGCUCAUUUCCUGAAUUAAAACAUGCAGCUGGUGUUUUUUUUUUUUUUUUUUUUUUCAGUUUAUACUUGAGUGGCCAUAAUGUAGGGUGACUGGAAAUAACUCAGGAAUUAGAAAUUUGGAAUUUGAGUUUUCCGUGGCUGUGUUCGCUGAUAAGGAUAGCAGGGAAUACCUGAGCACCAUGUCUAGGACCCUUGUCAGGUCUAAAGGGAGGGGGAGUAAAGCCACAUUCAGACUUACCUAAUAGUGCAGGAUAUAGAAACAGUGCUAUGGUUAUAUAUUUUUGUUCUUUGUAUUUAUCUUCCUUCUUCAGAGGCAUGUGGCAUCUUUUUGUCAAAGUGGUUAGUAUGGUCUCUUGCUUAUCCUAAAGGCUCUGAGGGAUUAAAGUUCUUUGAGCUUAA